ACCAUAUAUAUAUAUACUCUGUACCUUAAGCCCUGGUUCUGAAUUGGUCAAGUUCGGUGGUAACAGUGACGGUCCGUCGGCAAAGAGGUGUGGGGAGUAACUGGGGACCGCUUCCGACGCGCUUCACUUCACGUCAACCACCAAUUAAUUACCACCCCUAUUGUAAAAAAAACAUAAAUAAUAUCACUGUGCAACUAAUUGAUAUUUCCACAUGAAGCCAUAAUAUUUCUUAGCGAAAAUGGACAGUGAGCUCCCACGAACCCGCGCCAUCCAUCGACGUCCGCCCCGGGCCUCUCGGGCCUGCGAGACUUGUCGGGUUCGGAAGACAAAGUGUGACCAAGCUCAACCGUGCUCCUACUGCGCUUACCAUUGUCUCGACUGUGUUUACAGAACUGGCGCAAAUCAGAGCACAGCGACACCGGAAAAGAGACAUAGUCGUAUCAACCAGGUCCAAAAAGGCAGUGGAAGUCGACCAUCACCAUGGCCGGGAGCAAAUCAGAAUACUCAACUCAUCCAAGAAAGGGAAAGACAUUCACGCUCGCCAAAUAUCUCAUUCGAAGACUCGCGCUCACCGCGGAUAUCUUGUGGAGAGGAGAGUGGUAGUGGGUUGCAACAGAAUCAUGCAGCUACGCCGAUCACGCAUGGAACUGACAACCGCGGUGAUGAUUCUAUAGUUGAUGCUCCGCUAUGCGACUCUGCAUCAAGGGACGGUUUGAGCGGUAUUAAUCUCCAUACGAACGGGACCGAGUUUUAUGGGAAUUCGUCGAAUUUGGCGUUUCUUGGAAAUUUGUAUGCGCGGGCGCGAAAGCAUGCUGGGAAUAGAGCUUCGCAUGGCCCCGGUGACUUCCAGUCAACGGCUGGUCCAUCGCAGCCUCACGUAGAGGAUAGGCACAAGGAGGACAGUGCGAAGACUACGGACAGGACACAGCUAUCGAUUGUUAACCUGUUGUACAAUCCGAGCUACCAAAGCCAUUCGCCUUUGCAGUCACCAGAGAAAGACAAGGAUAAGACCGUACAAACAGACAACUCAGAAGCACCUCCAAACAACAUAAUCCUAGGCAGCGGAAUAGCCCCUGUAAACCACCUCCCAAAUGGGUCCCAGCUUGAAAUUGAAAAGAUCUUCAUCAGCAGCUACUUCUCCAACAAACACUACAUUCACCCCAUGCUUUGCAAAUCGUCAUUCCUGCGCCGCUGCGAACGCGAGGCAUUCAUCCUCUCCAAACGGCAUUUGUUUGUUCGUGGAUCCUCGAACUUCGCAGGCUUAUACUUUGCUGUUGUUGCGUUAGGUGCUAUCAACGCUAGUCCUGACGAGACGUCCUUGCUGGACCACUACUAUACGUACACGCCGGAUCCCAGGAGUUCGGGGAUAGGGAGCGCAAGAGGUUGUUCGGCGCUGGAUUUUGCGAAUUACUAUUUUGGGGCUGCGAAAAAGGCUUUAGGGGAUGUGUUUGAGAGCUGUUCGUUGGAGAGUGCGCAGGCGCUAAUGCUUUUGAAUGUGUUUUGUCAGAAUGCGUUACGGCCACAUAGCUGCUUUAUGUAUAGUGGAAUGGCUGUGAGGACGGCGGUGGCUAUAGGGUUGGCUUCGGGGAUGUCGUCUUUGCCUGCUAAUAUGCGGAAAGAAGGGAAACGGACGUGGUGGUGCAUAUAUUCGCAUGAAAUAGAAAUGUGCUGCUCCUCCGGCCGCCUAGAUAGCAUGAAACAUCUUGACUACUACCAAGUUCCUCUUCCAACACUAAAGACAACACCAGGCCACACCCAAGACCCCGAUGCAGAAGACAACGACGUCGCCAUGAUCCCCGUAAUGGUAGCACUGGCCCAAAUUAUGACCGAAGCAUCACACCACCUGUACCAUUCGAACAAACGUAGUAUGCACGAGAGAUCGUUUAUAGCGAUGGAUCUUGACACCAGAUUGUUGAGAUGGAAGGAUGAUUUGCCGGCGUUCUUGAAUGUUGAUGCUGCAUCGCUGAAUGACCCGGAGUGGGCUUUCAAGCAGAAGCUGGUUUUGAGGUUGAGGUUUUAUAACACGCGGAUUCUUAUACAUCGACCGUUUUUGGUGGCGUCAACGUCGACAUCGAUCUCUACAUCAGAGCAAAUCCCCUACCUCAACCACAUCCACCUCUGCCUCACAGCCGCCCGAUCAAGCAUCCAAAUGCAGUACGAAUCCUUUCUUCAUCGAAUCUACAUCCGAACCUGGUGGUACAAUACAACCUACGCUCUCUACAGCUCCAUGAUCCUUCUACACCUCAUUCUAGCAGGCGUACCGGAAAUCCCCGAGGAAGAAUUGUUAAAAGAUGUCGAAAAAUCUUUGGAUAUAUUCGAGUCAAUGGGGAAUGUUGUUGUGGCGAGACGCUGCGCGGAGAUGAUAAGGGAGGUGUUGGAUGUUACGAGGGAGUAUUUGAGGAGGAGGCCGGCGGCUGGGCCACCUACGGCGAUGGCGAACGAGUCCCCAGCACUACAGCAUCUACAUUAUACCAACGCUGGCACCAACAGUCUCAACAACUAUAACUUCCACUCGCAUCCGCAGACUUCAAUUGCAGACCUGUCACCCACGUCCCCCGACGAGAACUUCUUUUUCUCGUUAUUCGGGCAGGAAUUCCAGCCUAAUACUAGGGCAGAGAUUCUGGCGAAUCUCGUCGAUCCGAUGAUUCUGGGGGAUUUUGCAUUUGGGGGUGGGGUGGAGUAGAUGUGUUUGCGGUGUUUUUUUUCUGGAUGUAAUUAGGUUGUUUGAUAGAUAUUACAAAUUGAGGCUAGGAUGUC